CCAUAUGCUACACAACCUUUAAUGUGUUCUGACGUUUAAAGUGAGGUACGUAGCCACUAGAUGGUGGUGGUUAACUACCAUCAAGCGUGCUUCAGCAUCAGUUGAUACCAGGGUUGAUACAGAAGAAAGGGUCUCGCGCGCUGUGCACAGCACACACACCACACCUGCUGGAGCUGGUGGGGUGGGGGGCUGCACACGCGUCUCUCCUCUCUAUUUCUACAGGUUGGUGACUGAGAGGUGAUGACUCAAUGAAUCACAGCAGCAAACUGACAUCGCAGGACCCUCCCCUAUAGUUUCCACACUCACUGCAGCUGGAAGCGUGGAUAGAGGAGAAGAGCAGCAGCUGUCGGACCGAUGGAGAGGAAGGAAGGAUCCCCUCAACAAUACGGAUCACUGGAGCGCACUGAACGGAGCAAAGACACCAACAAGCCAGAGGAUGAUGUGGUGUCCAUGGCAGACUCUACGACAACUGUGGAUGACAUUGAAGGGGAGCUUUUCAAGAUUGAGAGGAUCAGAGAUGUGUUGGUCAGGAGGGAGUCAGAGCUCAGAUACAUGAUGGAUGACAUUCAGCUGUGCAAAGAGAUCACACGUCUGAAGAAGGAGCUGCACAAAUUGGUGUCCAUACCAGAUAAGGACAAGUCAAACGAUGACCGGCAGAAGGAAGAAGAGCUGCUGCAGCAGAUCCACAAGCUGGUGGAGACCAGAGAUUUCCUGGUGGACGACGUGGAGUUUGAGCGGCUCAGGGAGAACGAAGAAGACAAAGAAAUGGCAGAUUUUCUGAAGUCCAAAUUCCCAAGACAACUGAAGAAGAAAGGCUUACCAACCAGACGGGUGCCACCCAGAGCUCAGCAGACCACCUCCCCUUUCACCAAGACAGGCCUCACCCUGCUGAAGGAGUGUUGUGGUUUCACCUGCUCCAUCAUGUAGACUGAAACCAAACUAGAGUGUCCAUCUGCACAAAAAAGCAGCCAUUUCACAGGAGUCCACAUUCUCAGUUACAGCUCUUCAGUCUGACAAAGACUUUGAGGCAUGGAUGGAGCAGAAGAGAUGCUGAAGUUGACAUUCCCCAGAGGAAGGGGCAAGGACUUGGCAAAGAUCAUGUGGUGUGUUUUUUUCAAGCCAGGCGUGAACUUUGUCUUGUGUUGGAUCUGUUUGUCUUUUUCACUGGAUUUCAGUUCUGAUUGUGUUUCUAUCCCUUGUGUCUCUCGUCAUACUAAUUAUCACUGCUCAGCCAACUUCUUCUGAGUUCCCAGUAACCUAACAUACUGUAUAUAUUUCUCUCUUUGAGGCAGACAGGAGGAGGUGUGAAGCACAGAAACAGCACAGCACAUGUCAGGCAUGGAGAGUGCACACACUAAUUGGAUUCAGCUACCAUGGCAUGUGUACACGUUUUUUUUUAUAUUUAAAGAUCUAACCAAACUGAACUGUCAACUCCUCAUUAGGAAAAGUAGCUGUUUUGCUGGAGUCACAAGGCCAGUCUAGACACAGCUGGAUCUUAAUAAGCAGCAUAGAGGAGACAACACUAAUCAAAGUGACAUUAAUCAAAAUGUGUUAGGAUGACGGUGCGUCUGGUUUGAUAUAAAAAGGGACAACCAUUUUAAAGUAAAAACGUAACGGGUGUCUCUUCAUGCUAUAAUUUCCUUUAGUUAUACUAUAUAUCAAUACCUGUUUGUUGUAGAUAAUCAGCAGUUUUUCCAUCAAUGAUGAUAUGAAACUCUUUACUUUUAACUGCUUGUAUUUGUUUCAUUGAGGUUGUGUAUCUCUCCUUUACAAGAUGAUCUGAUCUGAAUCUCAACAUAUAGGUCACGACCCAAUUCAGGAAUGUUUAAUUAAAACAUUGAAAGACUCAUA